AUGGAGGAGGGACCCUUGUUCCCCCUCAACAGCAACGAUUAUCUCAUCUUCUUCCUGACCUUCUGCGCAUCCGCUCUCGGCGCAGCAGGAGGGAUAGGAGGAGGAGGGAUCAUGGUGCCCCUCCUGGUCAGCGUCGGCGGCUUCAGCGUCCAUCACGCCAUUCCCCUCACGCAGGCAACAGUCCUCGGUGCCUCCAUCAUGAAUCUCAUCUACAACGUCCGCAAGCGCAACCCGGUCUUGGAUCGACCGCUCAUCGACUACAACACGGCCUUGAUCCUUGAAGUGACGACGCUGCUCGGCACAGUCAUUGGAGUGGAUGUGAACAAGAUCUCUCCUGUCUGGCUCAUCACAAUCCUGCUCAUCGUCACCCUUGGGUACACCACCUACCGGACUCUGCGCAAGGGGCUCGAGCUGCGCGCGAUCGAGACAGGAGGAGGAGAGCAGGAGGUGCAGCGGGCCGUGCCCAUCCCCAUGGAUGAAGAGCAUGCGCUCGAGGAGGAGGAGAGCAGCGAAGCUGAUGCGCUGAUGCCCACCACUGUGCCGGUGCACCAGGACGUCCAUCAAGAUGUUAGUGGGAGGAUGGAGGCGAAUUGA